CCUUCCUUCCUUUUCGACAUCCGAGCGAAAGAGACAAGAUGGGUCACCAGCAGCUCUACUGGAGUCACCCUCGAAAAUUCGGCCAGGGAUCUCGAUCCUGCCGGGUAUGCUCAAACAGACACGGUCUGAUCCGUAAAUACGGGCUCAACAUGUGCCGCCAGUGUUUCCGACAGUAUGCAAAAGACAUCGGCUUCGUUAAGCUCGAUUAGAUGUGCUGAGACGCUGCACCGACGCCCAGAAGAACAUGGAGGAAACCACGCUGAAAACCACCCUUGGUCGUGUAGCAUUGUACAAAUAAAUAUUUGAAAAUUUAA